GAAAAACUUAUCUCUUGUCACUCAAUAAGAUAUAUAGUGAACCAACAGGUUGAUUUAUCAUAGUCUCAGAAUACUCCAACAAAUCAAUCUUAUAUGAAUUGAAAAAAUAAUCCUUAUGUAUCCUAACAAAUACUUUUAUAGUUUAUCUAAUGAAUGGAUACAGUGCAAUUAUUUCUCAAUUUUACUGGUACAUUUCUGAUAGGUUUACCGAUUGGGAUAUUUCUAAAGCUAAUGACCAUUUUAAAAUUCGUAGCUGAAACAUUACUAUGAAUUUGGGUUGUUCUUAGAUCACGAUACUAUAAUGAAUCUAAAAAGUUGUCCAAAAAUUGAUUCAAAUGAAAUAUACCGCUUUUUAAGUCUUCAAUACAAUCAAAUCUAUCGGAUUGAACAUUUACAACAUUUAACAAAACUUGUUUAUUUGAAUAUUUCAGAAAAUCAACUCACAACAAUGAAUGGUCUUGAAACAUUAUAUUCUUUACGUAUAUUAUUAUUAGGAAAAAAUCAAAUUAAACAAAUUUGUUCAUUAGAAAAUUUAUAUAAUUUAAAUAUACUUGAUUUAAAUCAUAAUCAAAUAAAAAUAAUUGAAAAUGUAACACAUUUAACAAAAUUAAAUUGUUUAAAUUUAUCAUUUAAUUAUAUUACAUCAGUAAAUGGUUUAUCUGGAUUAAUUUCAUUAAAUGAAUUAAAUUUAAGACAUAAUCAUAUACAAUAUAUUGAAUCAAUUGAAAAUGUUCCAAAAUUAAUUUGGAUAUUUUUAAGUUUUAAUCAUAUUGAAAGUUGGUCACAGAUUAGUGGUUUAGCUAAUUUAAAUUUAUUUGCUCAAGUUACUCUGGAUGGAAAUCCAAUUGUAUCUGAUCCAACUUAUCAGAAAAUGAUAUCAAAUGAUAAAAGAUUUUUUAAAGACAAUACAACUGUUUAUUCAUUAAAACCUAAUCCUAGUGAAUCAAUCAACAAAGUGAAUAUGAAUGAACGGUGUUUACUCAAAAGAAAUGUACCAAUUUCAUUUUUAUUAGAUGAACAACAACUGACGGCAACUAGAAAAACAAAUAUUAUUCACGGACUGUUGAAUUAUUUCAAAGAAAAUGAACAGCAUGACAGUAUGCAUCAGGAGAAUUUUAUUGAUAAUUCUAUAAAUUCAUCCACCGAGAAUCUUACAGAACUAAUGAAUCAAAAUGAUUCAACACUACCUCGAAAUGAACAGAAUUUAACAUAUUUCCCAAAUAACUUAUCUAAUCUAAGUCAAUCAAAUUUAUCAUUAUUGUCAACCCCUUCGAAUCUACAGUAUUCUUCUCCUACAUCAACAGCAAAUCAAAUGAAAGAGAGUGAAAACAACUGGACAGAAGAAGUCACAAAUGUCAAUGUUGAGAUAAACAGUAGUGAUGAUAAUAAUAAUAAUAUGGUUGGUUACAGUUCGAUUGGAACAUUGACAGAUGAGAGUAUUCUAUUUCCUUUGAUUCCAUCAAAAAGAAAUAACUUAUUGAAAUUUACAUAUUAUCUGAAAGGAUUAACUCAUUUGGUCUUAGAAGGAAUUUUCUCUAGAACAGUAUUUAAAGUAGUUGAUGAUGAUAAUAACGAUAACAAUGAUUAUGUGUAUAAACUAUCAAACGUUAUUGAAAACGACAGUAAAUUUGAGAAACAAACAAACGAAUCAACAGAACAUGCAAGUAAUUUUGAUUGUUUUUCUUCACUAGUCAAUCAUUUACAAUGUGUCCAACCAAAUAAUAAUGGUAUUGACAGUAAUAAUAAUAAUAAUAAUAAUAAUAAUCUCAUUAUAUCUAGAGAUGACGAUGAGAAUGAGGAUAAUGACACUGAAAGAAAAGAAGGUAAUGAUUCAUUAAAAUUGUUAAACUUCAAUCGUAUUGUGAAGCUAACUAUUAGAAAUGUGAAUUGGAAUGAAUUUGUAAUUUGUAUACGUAAAUUACAUGAAUUACUACCACAAUUAAAGGAAUUAAAUCUUGAAAAUAAUGGACUUAAAUAUUUGCAUCAAAUUACUGAUCUAAUUGAUUUUGAAUAUUUAACUGCAUUACAUAUAACUGGUUCAAAUAGUAAUCCAAUUGUUGAACAAGCUGGUCAAUUAUGGCGUCCAUUUAUUAUAUGGAGUCUUACUGAUUCAUUAAAUUUAACAUUUUUAGACGGUCAACUUAUUAAACCGAAUGAAGUAAAUGAAUCGAAAAAUCUAUUCAAUUUAUUUUACGAGAGAAUAAAAAUGCGUAACUCCUACUGCACAACAUCAAAUCAAUCUUUUUAUAAUAAAUUAGAAACUAUCAACCAUAUAAGUAAUAUGAUGAAUAAUAAAACUUCAAUGAGUGAUGUAAAUAAAGAUGAUUAUAGUUUAAGAAUGGUCAAUUCAAUAUCACCAACAACAUUACCAAAAGUAAUACUAAAUUCUUAUAAUAAUAAUAAUAUCAAUAAUAACAAUAACAAUAUGGAUAUAACAACGGCAACGACAUCAGUGCAUACUACUUCUACGCUUGUUAACUGUAGUAGUUUUGUUGAACAACAAAAUCUAUCACUUACAAAAAACGAACCAAAUAAUGAUAAUGGGAUAACUAGAGACAAUUCAGUGGAUUCAAUAAAACGUUUAUCUUGCGGUAAAUUCAAAUUAAAUGAAAGUUCAAUAAAUGGAUUCAAAGAAAAUCAAAAUAAUAUCUACAAUAUGACUCCAGCAUUAAAACAAGUACAAAAUUUAAAAAAUGGAAUACAAUCAAACGUAGACAGGUUAUCUCUACAAAAUCAGCUUUUAAAAGAUUGGCCAUCUAUACUAAAACGAUUAAUUUAUCAGGCAAUAACGGAUAAUCACACAACUACUAAUAAACUUUAA